AGGGAGGAAGGGGCUGGGGGCGGGGCCGGCGCUCGCUGCCCUGGAACGGAGAGCGGCUCGGCGCGGGGCGGGCCGGUCCGGGGCCGGCGGGGAGGCCGGUGCUGCGGCCUGCGCUGAGCGUGCCACGUCCACGGUCUGGUCCGCAGAGCCCCCGCGGGAGCAUGUCCGGGAGGAGCCCUGGCUGCGGCCUGCAGCUGCCGGCGGUGGCGCAGCCCGCGGGCGGCCACCUGCACCCCUUCGGGAGCGACGGCGAGGGCCCCGAGGAGGAGGUGGAGGUGUACGAGCUGCGGCCCCGGGGCAGGGAGAAGGUCCGGAGAAGCACCUCUAGAGACCGGCUGGAUGGUGUCGUUUUGCUAACAAAGGAUAUCCAGGAAGGGGACACUUUAAACGCGAUUGCACUUCAGUAUUGCUGCUCAGUUGCAGAUAUCAAGAGGGUUAACAAUCUUAUCAAUGAUCAAGAUUUUUUUGCCCUGAGGUCUAUCAAAAUUCCGGUAAAAAAGUUCAGUGUAUUGACUGAAACACAUGUCUCUCCAAAAGGAAGACCAGUUCUACGGCCUGCUCACUGUUCCCAGGAAGUGCAGGAAACAACGCCUUCUGAUAAAUUCUCUGCUAAUGAGACUGCUGGCAACUUCUUAAAAGAAGUAGAUCGUGAUAUAGAACAAAUAGUGAAGUGUAAUGAUACAAAGAGAGAGAACCUUAAUGAAGUUGUUUCUGCCUUAGCGGCCCAACAGAUCUGUUUUGAAACUGAUGGCAAAACUAACAAAUGCAAAGAUCCUUAUUAUGGAGCAGAUUGGGGUAUAGGAUGGUGGACAGCUGUAGUGAUUAUGUUGGUUAUUGGCAUAGUAACUCCAGUUUUCUAUCUUCUGUAUUAUGAAAUUUUAGUGAAAGCAGAUGUCAGUCACCAUUCUACAAUGGAAUCUUCCCAUUCAGGUGUCACAGCACCAUCACAUCAGAAACAAAUCGAAAAUGGAAUAAAUCCAGCAAAUAUUAUAAAUGUUAAUCAAGGAUAUAAAUGAUAAUCAAGGAGAGCUUCAGCAUUACGACCAAAAGCUGCGGACAACUGUUAUUCAUAGACACAUAACACAGCAUUAGAUGAACAGGAAACCACAGAAUGCAAAGUGCAUCUGGAAUGCAGAAAAAAGUAUUUUACUGAUGUAUGAUUUGUCUUUAUGGGCAGUGUUCUGUUAUAUGGAUGUUUGUGUGGCUCACGUAAUCUCUGAAUAUGCCUGAGGUUAGGGGAUUUUAACGCAAGAUUGGAAUACAAAUUAAGCUAUAAAAUGGUCUCUGAAGCUUUGCACUUUUUUCUAUUUUGAUAAGCUUAGGUUUUCUAGUUAAUGAGAAUGUGAAAAAGUGUAUUUUGAACUAACAUAAAAGGACUCACUGUACCUUUUACAACCCUAAAAUGGGUAUUUGGGGAUGUCAAACUUUUAAAUGUGUCCCAGUAUUUAUAUUGUGCAUAGUACACUUGACAUCUUAAGAUCAAGUUUACAGUUAUCUGUUAACUGCAUUCUCAUUUUAUCUUACUCUGUAAGAAAUCGGAAGAAACAAUCAUUCCAUAAUUAACUGCCACUGUAAAGUCCCCUUUCUGUUAAAACUGAUUUUAUUAUAGAGGCAGGAGCUAAUACUUAAGCUGGAGUCUUUCAGUUUUGUGCCUGUGGUCAGCCCAUUCUUUAAUACUUUUCAGUACAGGUGAUAAGCUAUUUUGGUAACUCUGUAUAUGAUAGUGUCUCAACCCAGUAUAAUUGAGACAGUUUUAUGAAAAGCUCACAACCUUCUCCAUGGUAUCCAUCAACUGAAAACUAACUUGAUGGGAUUCCUCUUCUGGUUGGCUGUAUAUAAAAUGAAAUAAGUGAAGAUGCAUGGCACCUCAUUCUGACUGCUUCAUUAGUCCUUUUUAUGCUAAUGCAAUUUUCUUCCUCCAGCUAAUCUCAGUUCAGGAGCAACUGAUUUUUCAGACAGGAGUCACCUGGGGUUCUGUGUAUGCUAACUGUCAUGCACCCCUGAACACUACUUUUUCCUGAAGCCUACCACAAAAUGCCAAAUGAGAUUUAAUGGCUGUUAGCCAGAAACUUAAAUUGCAGUAGAAUACAGCAGUUGCAGCUUCAAACUGUUCUUCAAUUAGUGUCUGUCAACCACUCUUUCCCUUCCUGGAAAUGCUACUGUAUUUUAAAAAAAUUUUUCCUAUAGGAAGACAUAACUGAGAUGCCUAUAAUCUUUUGUUAUAUUUGCCUUGUAGAAUAAAAUUUCCAUUCUCCUGUUCAAAGUACUGUUUGUUAUCAAAGCCCAAGUUAACUGACUUAAGACUUAAAGGGAAAAGGAAGAAUAUCACUCUUAAAAAUUUAACUCUACUAUAAGCUCUCCUUCAAGUGUCUUGACCAAGUAUACAAUAUAAAAAUACCUGAUAAAGUGAAUUUCUUAACUACUGGAGGUAUUCCUAAGUGCUUUAUCAACAUAAAUUGUGAAAGUAAAGACUCUUGCCCCUCCUGUCCUGUUGUGUGUCCUGUCCCCCCCCCACCACCACCUCCCUGGGCAAAUACACUUCACUGGCAUGCUGAGUAAGUGUAUGAAUAUGAAUCUAGUAACUUUUGAUGUAUUGAAACUGAAGUAGAUCUAAAGCUUGAAGGGAAAUUAUGUACAGUUGGACCUGUGAACUGUUAUUUGUUGCUGUUGAACCCUUUGAUCAAAGUGAUAUUCCUAGAGAAAGCAUAACUGCUCAUAGUUCCUACACUAGAAGAGAGAUUCUGGAUGGGCAUGAACUUUGUUUCAUACUACUUAAAAAAAAAUAAUAAUACUACUCCUUCCAUAAAAAGAAUAUUCUAAUAAUACAAACAUGAAUGUUGAAGUACCAGUUCUCAAGACAUGGCAAAAUUUAAGGUGGCUAUUGUGAUAUAGUUUCUAUGUUUAAAACUUUAAAAGAAGUGAACUUCAGAAACUUGUGACUUGCUGUAGCCCAAACAGCAGACCUUUGGCACAUUAAGAUGUUUUCUGUGUAGGUUGGGAACUAUGGACAUAAUGUGUAACUUUUUGUGCUGCAAACUUAUUUGCUGUUUUUUCUCCUUUAUUUCAGCCUGCGUCUGAAAUCUUAUAAAGCUUUAUAAUACUUUAUUCUCUCCUUCCCUAUAAAAUUGUUGAAUGACAUGAAAUUAGACUUAAGCUGCAUAUUCUAGGUAGCUAAUUUACUGCACAUACCUGAGUGGGCAAGUAUUGCGUUGCCACCAAUUCGGAAAUUAACUUUGGUUGUGGUUUGGUUCCAUCAGCCCUCUAUCCUGUUAAUGUGCAAGUAAAGAGAUCCUUUAUUAGUGGCUGCUUUUUGUCCUGUGGUGUUACAACUGAGCAGUUCUUUAGUGUGUCUCAGGCUUUGGGUGUUUCUGUGUACUAAGAGAAGGCCUGUGGAUUAUUGUCAGUGAGUUGUUAAAAGCAUGAUGGACCUUUAUAUGCUUUAUGGCAAACGGCCAGUAGAAAAACACAGAGGGAAAGCUGUUUUUUAAAAUAAUAUUAUACUCUGAUCAAGAGUCUAGCAUGUUUUUAUUAUGUAGUAUUUUACAUAGCCUAUUUUUGAAAGCGGGAAGUUAAUUUUAUCAGGAAAUAUAGCAAGUCUCUUUCCAAGAUUAUUGGAUUUCUGGUAAUAGUAACACAAGCAUCAGCUGGAUUUGCUUUGUGGAAGAUGUAGGGACCUUUACCGUCUUUUCCAAACUACACAACUGGUAAUGCAUUAUCAUCUGUCAGCUCUGAAUAAACAGGAUAACUGCUCUAAAUGGAACUAAAGUUUGAUUUAGUUAAUUCUACAGUCUUUUAGAAAUUGACUUGUAAAAAAAAUUGUUUCAGAUUAAUUACAACACAUUGUUGGACAGAAGUUGGCUUUAAAUUAAAGUGCAUAUUGCACUGUUGAAUCAUGUAAAAAUGUGAAUGCUUAAAUCUGCUAUAUUUUGGAGUAUGUUGUCAAAUAGUCUUUGUAUAACUAUUUUAUAAAGUUUCAAAAUGUAACUUUGUAGAGUAAUCCUGAAUGAGGAUGCAAGUCUUAUUUAAAAUACUUCUGCUCCUCUGCUUUUAGAAGAACAUGAGUAAUAUAAAAUAAAGAUUUUUAUUUUAGACUGCAGUGAAAGUGGUGCAUAUAAUGUAUUCUUAGCUUCUAUAUAUAUAGUAUGUAUUAUAGGAGGUCCCAUACUUGUGUUUGUGUUGGCUAGUCUUUAUGUUAUAAAAUAAACUUCUUAGCCAACACUUCCUGCCAACAAGCAUUUUGUUGGCAGAAGAUGCAUUAUAGCAUUCACGGCCAGUAUACUGUAACUGCAGGCUUAACAAUUUAUCCCUUAUGUUCCUUAUGUAACUUGGAAAUUCUUGUAGAAAACUCUGAGAACUUAUAUUAAACAGGCAUGAAAGCAUA